CACACGCGCACAUUCUGUAGAGUUGGGCGCACUCGUUCCUGUCAGGAAGUUGAGGGAUUUUGGGAAAUAACAAAGAGAAAAAACUCUCGUAUUUAACAUAGCUCGACUCCACGCGUGGGAUCUGUUAAAGUCGAAGCGGAUCCAUGCAAUAACAGCAGGAUUAUGGACUAAUGGACGAUUCAUCGAUGGAGACGCGCAGAAGUUUCGGGCUCGUCCGCGUCCUGCUGCUGUUGGGCAUUACAGGCGCUACAGCCAGAGAAGUAUGUCUCGGGACAGAUAUGAAGUUGGCAUUACCCUCCAGUCAUGAGAAUCACUACGAAAUGCUCAGACUGCUCUACACUGACUGCCAGGUGGUUCACGGUAACCUGGAGAUCACACACCUGCAGGGCACCCCAGACCUCUCCUUCCUGCAGGGGAUAGUGGAAGUUCAGGGCUAUGUGCUGAUAGCUCACGUCUCAGUGCGCUCGAUCCCUCUGGACAGUCUACGGAUCAUUCGAGGCAGUCAGCUUUAUAACUCCAGCUACGCUCUUGCAGUGCAUGACAACUUUCACCGUGGUCAGGCGGGGUCCGGUCUGAGAGAACUCCAUCUCAAGCAUCUCACAGAAAUUCUGCUUGGCGGGGUUUAUAUUUGGGAAAACCCACAACUUUGCUUCCCUCAGAAGAUUAACUGGGGAGACACCGUUAAUAAAGUCCAGAGCAAACCGUUGCAUCUGCAAGAUAUCCCAAAGAACUGUCCUCAUUGUUCCGCAGCUUGUCCGUCUGGUGGAUGCUGGGGGGAAACAGAUCAGGACUGCCAAAGUUUGACCUCUGUGCACUGUUCAUCCGGCUGUUUGCGUUGUAAGGGUCCGAAACCCAAUGACUGUUGUCAUGUCCAGUGUGCUGCUGGGUGCACAGGGCCGAAAGACUCUGACUGUCUGGCCUGUCGUCACUUUAACGACAGUGGGACAUGUAGAGACAACUGCCCCCCACCCACCAUCUAUGACCCAAUCACCUUCCAGUCCAAACCAAACAAGGACAAAAAGUUCAGCUUUGGAGCCACCUGUGUGAAACAGUGUCCACAUAACUAUUUGGCCAUGGAGGUGGCGUGUACCAUGGUCUGUCCAAAAGCUAAUCAGGAGUAUAUCACCGUCCAACCAGAUGGUCAAGAAACACAGAAAUGUGAAAAGUGUGAAGGAGAGUGUCCUAAAGUGUGUUAUGGGAUUGGCAUGGGAAAGCUGCUGGGCGCAUCGGUGGUGAACGUCAGCAACAUUGCCCUCUUCAAUGGCUGUAAGAAGAUCUACGGCAGUUUGGCUUUUCUUUCAGAUUCCUUUAAAGGGGAUGCAGCUACCAACUCAUCUGGACUACAGCGGAGUGACCUUGAAAGAUUGAAGACGAUAGAAGAGAUUACAGGUUAUCUGUACAUUGAUGCAUGGCCAGAUGAUUUGCCUGAUCUGAGUGUUUUUGAGAACUUGAAGGUGAUCAGAGGAAGAAUGCUUUACAAGGGCGUUCUCUCUCUGGGAAUUCAAUCUUUGCCGAUCGAGUCUCUCGGGAUGCGUUCCUUGCGCAGUGUCAGCGGAGGUUUAGUUCUCAUUCAUAAUAACUCCAAACUGUGCUACGCCUCCUCCCUGCCCUGGACCUCUCUGCUCCACCCAACACAGGGACCCAACCUCAUCAGCAACAACAACCAAGACCCACAAACCUGCGUAUCCGAGGGGAAAGUGUGUGACCCCCUGUGUGCAGACGCUGGCUGUUGGGGCCCGGGACCGAGUCAGUGCGUGUCGUGUGUGAACUACAAGCGCGGGAUGGAGUGUGUGGAGGAGUGUAAUGUCCUACAGGGGUCGGUGCGGGAGUUUGUGGACGGUACUAACUGUGUCUCUUGCCACCCAGAGUGUCGACCGGUCAAUGGCUCUGCCUCCUGUACAGGCCCAGGUGCGCAUCAGUGUAGGGAGUGUGUGCAUUUUCAGGACGGAGAUGUGUGUGUUGAGCGUUGUCCCAGCGGAGUGAAGGAGGACCAGCACACCGUGUGGAAAUACUUCAAUGACACGGGACACUGUCUUCCCUGCGAAACCAACUGCACCGUCUCGUGUCCACUGGAUGAACGGGGAUGCCCUAUCCAACAGAAACCCGGGCCUGGAACAACAAUCGCGAUCACCCUCGGCGGAGUGUUUCUCUUUCUCAUUCUGCUGGCACUGCUUGUGUUUUACCUGCGUCGACAGAAGCAGCAGAAAAGGAAAGAGACCAUGAGGAGAAUUCUGCAGGAGCACGAGCUGGUGGAGCCACUGACCCCGAGUGGAGCGUUGCCCAAUCAGGCUCAAAUGCGCAUCCUUAAAGAGACAGAGCUGAAAAAACUCCGAGUGUUGGGAUCUGGAGCUUUUGGCACGGUCUAUAAGGGUAUCUGGGCUCCUGAUGGCGAGAAUGUGAAGAUCCCAGUGGCCAUUAAAGUUUUGCGUGAGAACACCUCGCCCAAAGCCAACAAAGAAAUCCUGGACGAAGCGUAUGUGAUGGCUGGCGUGGCCUCCCCGUACGUGUGCCGUUUGCUGGGUAUCUGUCUCACCUCAACGGUUCAGCUGGUCACUCAGCUCAUGCCGUACGGAUGCUUGUUGGAGUACGUCAGAGAGAACAAGGACCACAUCGGCUCUCAGUACCUCCUCAACUGGUGUGUUCAGAUCGCUAAGGGAAUGAGUUACCUUGAAGACGUGAGGCUGGUUCACAGAGACCUUGCAGCUCGAAAUGUUCUGGUGAAAAACCCAAACCAUGUGAAGAUUACGGACUUCGGUUUGGCCAGACUGCUAGACAUAGAUGAGACAGAAUACCACGCUGAUGGGGGAAAGGUGCCCAUCAAAUGGAUGGCGCUGGAGUCCAUAUUACACAGGAAGUUUACCCAUCAGAGUGACGUAUGGAGCUACGGGGUGACCGUAUGGGAGCUGAUGACCUUUGGCAUGAAACCGUAUGACCUCAUACCGGCACGGGACAUUCCAGAACUGCUGGAAGGAGGGCAGAGACUCCCCCAACCCAUUAUCUGCACCAUAGACGUCUACAUGAUCAUGGUCAAAUGUUGGAUGAUCGAUCCAGACAGUCGACCCAGAUUCAAGGAGCUUGUGCCCGAAUUCACCACUAUGGCAUGCGAUCCUCCACGUUAUGUUGUCAUUCAUAACGAUGAGCAGAUGAGUCUGUCGAGUCCAGUUGACAGCGCGUUCUUCCGCACGUUGAUGGAAGAAGAGGGGGGUAACGUGAAGGAGUUACUGGACGCAGAAGAAUAUCUGGUGCCUCAGACUGGUCUCUUCAACACCCACGGAGAAAUCAGGGCGAACGGACCGAGCAGACAUCACUCACACCGAAGCACAGAUCAGGGCUUGGAGACGGACGGCAUGCCGAGCGGCAGAGGUUUUUACUCCUCUGUAAGUACGCUGGGGCAGAGUCAGUACCCAACCCUGCCCAGGGGGGCAACAGCCAAUGAGAGUUGGCCAGGAACGCAAUACCCCUCCUUAGUACGGAGCAUAUCAUACCGUUCAGCGGAUGGCCAAUCAGACUCUGUGUUUCUGGAUGGGGACGUGGAGGAAAGCGGUCCUCCGUCAAGCCCAGGGCGCUACUCUAAAGACCCAACCAUCCCCAAUGGCAUAGAUGGAGAGCUGGAGACCGACGGGCCUCAUGGUUUCCUUACACACACGCUUCCACGUGGAGCGCACACACAACCUGAGUACGUGAACCAGGAUGUCCCUUCGGGACGUCCAAGCACCCUUCCGCGCAAGGCGGGGGAGAGGCGGUUUAUUAACGGUCUGUGUACAGGCCACAGUGUGGAGAACCCAGAGUACUUGGUGCCUAUGGGCAACAUCACGACUGCUUCGCCCGCCUUCGACAACCCCUACUAUCAUGAUAUCGCAGCUAAAGCUAAGGCCGUCGCAGGAGCGCCCAUAAAUGGCGGUACAACUCACAGGCGGCCCAAUGGCUACGUGACCCCCACAGCAGAAAACCCAGAAUACCUGGGCUUAGCAGAGACUUGGAGUGGUCAGGUCGAGUACACCUGAGAGGUGUAAUACAGAGAUGAAUGUACUGACGUGUGAAUGACGUGUUUCUCAAAGGACGUUCUCGCCAAUAGGAAAGAUUUCUCACGAAACCCAUGUAGCAUUCUGUGUUGGAUUUUUAAACUUGGACGCACUUCCGGUAUUUGCCAAAAAGAUGAACUUUGGAAAUUUGUCUGAAAAUUGAUGGUACGAGUUUGUAAGACUACUUGAAUGAUGAAUAACACACUGGAUGUUUUUUGGAUGUAUGUUAUAAACUUUUAUUAGGAUUUCUGUUUGGAUUUUAAUGUUUGGCAUCUCACAAACGCAUCACUCCUUUUUCUGGAGGUGCAAUUAAAUUCGGAGCCAGGACCGUACACACUGUGGUUUCCAGACUGUUGCGUGAGAUCUGAGCAGAACAGACGUCCACGCGAUGGAAACGGUUCUGUUCAUUGUGUAAAGGUCCGGAGUGAGCAGCUAGGCUACAGUGCCGAUGAAUGAGAGAGACAUUAUUACCAGCCGAACUGGCGUGUGGUGUUUGACAAUGCAACUGGCUAUGAAGAUUGAACAUUUCCCCUCUGUGACAUAUGCAGGGUUUUACAUUUUUAAACUUCUUGUUUGAGUAACGAUAAUAAAUCGUCUUCAUGGGCUUGGUAGCAGUUGUACAGCAAAAUAAGCCCACAUGUAUAGCAGGGGUGAACAUUUUGUCUUAUUUCAACCGAAUUCAAAAGAAAGUUUUAUUUUGCAAAUGAACGAGACAAUGAAGUCAUUCUUGUGACACCGUUUUUCUACACUUUGAAUGGCAUUUCAUUACAAAUUUGAAUUCCCGUAAUGCAUCUAAAUUAGGGAUGCACUGAUGUAUCGGCCAUUUCUGGAUUCAUUUAAAACCGCCAGCAUAUCGGCUAUUGCAUAAAAAGAACGAUACUGUAUUACUAACCAUUAGUUCAUUGAUAACUAUGUCUGUUGCAUAAUUCAACGUUUUUUUCUCUGAGUAAGAUAAUUAAAUAUCUGACAAAACAAAGUUAAAUCUGAACAAAAUAUAAUCUGAUAUCCUUUGAAAAAAAACAUUAGAACAUUGCAAGUUGAAACAAGCAGUGGUUUACAUGGAAUUUAGAACAGCUAUAGAGACGUUGAUAUUUAUAUAUCAGAAUUGGCCAUAGUUGUUUGUUCAAAUCUGUAUCGGUGGAUCCGUAGUCUUACACUAAACUGGAUGUUUUACUUCUAAAUUUCUUAUGGUUAUUUUAUUAAUGCUGAUAUCAAGUUCUUAAUAUUGUACAACAGCUGGUUUUAAGGAGUAAAAAUUAUUAUUAUACAAUUUUUGUGUCAGAAAUGUAAUGAAAAUUAAAAAUAACCCGCUAUGGUCCUAAAAAUAGACUGCUGCUUAUUAGUAUUUCUUUUGGUUUGGAGUUGAAUCAGGACAGAAAUCUGUUUUUUGUAUUUCAUGAGUAACAGUUUUUAUUAGAUUCACCUGAGGAGAUGCUUAUCUUUUGUGUUGUAUAUUUUCAUUAUACUUUUCAAUGUCAAAACAAGUCUGUCAAGGGAAAAUGUAUUUUAUUUUUUCUUUGCAGUAAUGUAUACAAUGUAUUAGUUGAUGUAACGGGGUGCUUUCCGAAGGCUGAAUCAUUUGUAAUGUCGCGAAAACGAGAACAGAUAAUGGGCCUCAUUUAUAAAACGUGCAUACGCACAAAUUUGAGUGUAGAAUGUUUGUAUUCAACAAUCGACAGCAACGUUCGUAUUUAUCAAAACAGUCUUUAAUGCGGAAACGUGCUUAGCGCCACGUGGCGUCAGGGUCUGAGCAGACGUGUGCACAUUUGCUGCGCACAAUUUCAAGAUCAUUUUCGUUUUAUAGAUUUCACAUCUGUAAUCACACGUACUGUAUGCACUUUGAGAAAUGAUCGUAAAAUCUCAUUUAGGACGGUUUCGGUGCAGCGUUUUAUAAAUGAGGCCCAAUGUUACCUUUAACCCCAGACUUGAUCAUCCAUGUCUAUAUUGUGUAUUCUCAUUGAAAAAUAUACACACAUAGUGUGCGUUCCUUUCAGAAGUGAUCUUCCCUUCACUCUAUCCCCUGUCAACAGGUAUGUGGCUUGAAAAGAACACACUUUUUGGUCAAGUGUGUUUGAAACAAACCAGCAACACAUCGCCGCCCUGAUUGUUGUCCCUUCAGAGUGGCCUGCGAACGCGUCAUUUAUGCUGUUUGGAAGGCGCUGAGACACUUCUAACACUGAACACAGUGUUGUGGAGUAAAUACUUCACAGAAUUGAAGAAUGUGAUCUGAUUUCCAUAUAUUAGCAGCUGUGGCCUCUGGGUGGAUGAACGGCUCCAUUGUUCCAAAUGACAAGGUCUGCCCUUUGUUAACUCCAGCGUUCAGUUAAUACGUCACUUCUUUAAAGCAAGACGUGUGUAUUUAUUUGACGUCAUUACACAUUCAGUGGGGCAAUUCAUACAUUAUUCAUCAUUUUCACUCAACUACGUCAAAACACAUCGUAAUAUCCACAAGUUUUUUAUCAAUCAGACUUGAAUGGUUGAUUUUCUUAUGGCGUACUUAACUGAAUAUCAUUUUUUCUGUAGGAGUGUGUGAAAAAUGAAAGAGUGUAAGAAUGAUAUUAUGCGUGCUAAUGGUACUUAAGAGUAUUUUGAUGUUAGCCCAAACAAUGACAUGAUUGUAUUUCUGCAUAAGGAACGAGGGAAAAAUGUCGAAUUUCUGCCUGGUCACUAUGCAUAGCCAACCUUUCAAAUGUCAGUGCUGUUAAAAUGGACGGAAGAUCACGGGUUACCCUUAAUACUGUUCUGAAUUCAAACUAAAUUCAAAUCUGCGUGUUUGAAUGAAGCUACAUGGCAACAUUACGGACGGGACGGUGAAAGAUGCAAAGCAGUCGUUAUUUUAGCAGUUGCGAUAUAUAUCCACAAUGGGUUUCAGAACCCAGUUUUCAUGCCAUGAAUCAGUGCAUCAGUAUCCAAUGGUGAAAGUCUAUGCAAUCACAUUGAAGGAAUUGUUACCAUGAUUUAACAAAUCUGUACACUUUAAAUGUUUAUAUGUACUUUUUAUAUGCAAAUUGUCCAGGCCUUUUUGAUUUGUGGUUUUAUGGAAAUUGUAGACUUGUGAUGUAAUAUUGCUAUUCUUCCUGUGAGCCAUUAAACUGUAAAUGUAUGUCAUGGACUCGA